UAAGUCAAUGCGUCUAUAUAUUGUGAUGUUUUGUUCGGUUGCUUUAAGUGAGUGAGUCAAGCGCCAACUUCACCCGUAGUCACUAAAGUACGACACUAGUGCAAGGAGUUUGUAUCAGCAGCAGUGCAGUGAAACAUUUCGUCCUUAUUCAGAAAAAAAAACAGACCAAACUCUACAAUGGAUGCUUGUCUACGCUCGCUGUUGUUUUGCGCGUCUUUUAUUUUUGCGGCGUUUUCGCGGGGAUCAGGUGCGGCGGCGGUGGGACCGCUUAUAAGAUGCGAGCCAUGUGAUGUAGCCGCGCGUCUUUUGUGCAAGCCGCUGCCCAAGGACUGCAGCGAGAGGCUCCGCGAGCCCGGCUGCGGCUGCUGCAUGACCUGCGCGCUCAGCUUCGGACAACCGUGCGGCUUCUACACCGGGAGAUGUGGCGCGGGACUCGCCUGUCAGCAUCAGACCGGGGAAACGAAACCCCUGCACGCCUUGAUCGAAGGACGGGGAGUUUGUGCGAACGUUACUGACAAGAGAGUUUCUACCGGUGCUAUUCCUCCGCCAAAUGAAAUACCAGCACAGAAUGUGGAGAAUUCGGAAGUGGAGCCGAACUUCACCGGCGCGGGUGUACCAAGCUCACCGAGUCCCCCCAGGCCCGCCGGACCCCCGAUUCUCAAGCCCCUUCACCCCUUCUUCUACUCGGUCAAGGCGGAGGUCCUGAAGCGCGGGCAGGGGAAGAGGGGCCAGGGUUUCGGGCUGGAGGGGGUGCAGGGUCCCCUCGGCAGGGACCAGCAGAACCUCUCUGGGGAGAUCAGACAGGAGUCCGAGUAUGGUCCGUGUCGGAAGGAGAUGGAGAACGUUCUCACCAGCCUCAAGACUGCCGACAUCCUGAACCCCCGCGGAUUCCGCAUACCCAACUGCGACAAAAAGGGUUUCUAUAAGAAGAAACAGUGUCGUCCGUCCAAGGGCCGUAAGCGAGGCUUCUGUUGGUGCGUAGACAAGUAUGGCCAUCCCCUGCCAGGUUUCGAUGGCAAGGAGAAGGGAGAUGCCCAGGACUUUAACUCAGAGAGCCAGUAGGUCUCGAGAGUCGCAGGGAAGGGGGAGGACUGUAGAGAGAGAGAGGGAGAGAUCGAAAGAGAGAGAGAGCGCUUGGACAAUAUACGGAUGGCUACUGGUAAUUGUUUGCACAGUGGACCAACAAGGCAGAAUGGGGACUAGAUUACAAAGAAAGGGUUUUUCUGUAGUCUCCUGAAGCAGUGGCUCGUUUGAUGGGCCAGACCAAGGCUGGCCAUCGCCCUGACAGAACAAAGUCACCGUUUAAGUGUUUGUGGUUUUUUCAUUACAAAUAUUGAGGUCUUCACAUUCACUUUUAAAUGUGUCCUUAGCAUUGACAAUGGUCCUUUGUUUUGUUUUUCCGCACAAUUAGGUGCCACUAAUUGUGUGUGCACGCUUGGGCUGUUUAAUCAUGUGCUUGUGACUUUGAGUGUUUUUUGGUUUGUUCUAUUUGGUUUAAAGAAAGUUAAUGUGUAGUUGUGUCUCUGUGAUUCUGAUUGGUGGCAAGGCUGGCGUAAACAUGUAUUUGUAUCUUUUGUGUUAUGUGUGCAAUAUGUUUUCGAGAAGAAGCAUUUCUGUGCUUGUGUGACUCAAGGCCCCUAGGUUGGAACACAGCCCAUUCUUAGUAAGCUAUACCCUGCAUUCCUAUUGUACACAGGUGACUUACCUAUGCCGUCGUUCAUUUGUUUGUUUGACACUUACGAUAAGCUUUGGAGGAGGGGUUUGUUUGCGAGGAAGAAAUUCCAAUAAUAAACCAAGGAGCUAUUGCCUAUGAACAAUACGAUGUACAUUGGAGACUUCUCCAGUUUUUUAAUAAGCUAGGCUGUUGUGCUAAAGGCUACAGCAACUUCUUGUUUUGAUUUUUCAUGUGAUAACAUAUGCCAAUUGCCUUUCAGGUUAAUACGAUGUGUGCAUGUACAUUGCAACCCUCAGACGUCUAUUUUUAAUUAAUAAAGGCAGUGUAAACUGAA